GAAUAGCGAGGAAAGAAAGGGAGCUCGUGCCCGUGUGCCACACCCGCACCCGCCCUCGCCCGCAGUUCACAUCAGCCGCCGCCACCGCCGCCGCCGCAGCAGCAGCACAGCGACGUCGCCGCCGUCCCCCCGCCGCCGCGCCGGUUCCCUUCCAGCCGCCGGGGACCAUGUCGAGCGGCCUGGACAUGUCCCUGGACGACCUCAUCAAGCAGUCCAAAUCCCGGCCCAAGUCCAACCCUGCCUCCUCGUCGGGGCCCGCGCGCCGCGCGGCGCCGCCCGCCCGCGCGGCGCCCUACCCGCCGGCCGCCCCCAAGGCCCACCGCGCCGCCGCCGACUCGCCCUACGGGGUCUACUCCGAGCACAUCGCCGCCAUGGCCGCGGUCGCGCUGCCGCAGCCGGCCACCGCGAGGUCGCUCGAGACGGGGACGAAGCUGCACAUCUCCAACCUUGACGCCGGCGUCACCGUCGAGGAUGUCCAGGAACUCUUCUCGGAGGUCGGUGAGCUCAAACGUUAUUCAAUGAACUAUGACAAAGAUGGGACAUCCAAGGGAACUGCGGAAGUUGUCUUUGCAAGGAAGGUGGAUGCUUUGGAUGCCAUCAAGAGAUACAAUGGUGUUCUACUUGAUGGGAAGCCAAUGAACAUAGAGCUCAUUGGAAACAAUGCCGAACCACCUCCCAUGCCACCACUAAUACACAACCGUCCUUUGCAGAACUAUAAUGAUAUCCAUAGCAGGAAUGUUGGCUGUGUCAGUCCCACGCAUUCAAUGAUGUUUGGAAAUGUGCAAAAGUAUUUGCUUCAGAUCAAUUUAACAAGCGUGCCUCAAAACCAAAGAGGUGUUCUGCAAAGAGCACCUCAAAGCAAUGGUCGUGGUGGAGGCAGUAGUCAGAACAGUGGCGGUCGCGGACAGGGGAAAGGCCGAGGGCAGGACCAGAACCGCACGCCCCUAUCUGCAGCAGAUCUUGAUGCUGAACUGGACAAUUACCAUGCAUCGGCAGUGAAAGAGAAAUGAUGCUCUGGCGUCCUGCUUAUUGUACUGGUGGGAAGGUGAUGAGGUUGCGGCUUUGUUUUAGAAGUUUGAGGUUGUUACUAUUCUAGCUAUAGUGUUUUGUACUACAUAUUUUUUCACAUAGUUAUAGAACCAUUCUGAUAUCUUGUUUAUGCACUACGAUGGUGUGGACCAUAAUUGAUCCAGUUAAUGCUACAUCCAGGAUGCAAGUUAUGCUAAUUUGCAGCCCUGUAGGCACGGUUGAGAACAAAUGCAAACCAACAGUUUCGUCUGUGCUACUCUGUCUAUAA